GUCUGUCAUUCGUUUGCUUACCUCGGAUCGCGACGGACCUGCGAGUUUUUCGCGAGCGAUAGUGGCGUAACUUUUUUUUCUUUCCUUCUGGUAGAGGAAGACUUUUGCUGGCAAAAAAUCCCGAGUGUUGUGAUUUUGGUGCUGGUGCUGCUGCUGCUGCUGGAGGGGUGGCAGGGUGUGACGUUCGGAAACCUUCCCGAUUCCCUCUAGCAGGAGAGUGUUGCGACGGAAAUUCUCCUCCGUCGAGGAUUGACCCCGGAAGCUGCUGGAAAGUCGCAGGGUCGUCCUGGGGGGUGUCAUCAGCAGCAAAAAAGGAAGAGCAGGGCUUUUCCGAGGGUGGCCAAAUUGUCACGAAAAUCUGGAAAAAGCAAGAGUGAAAAAUCGCGUAAAUAAAGAUGAUUCACUGGGUGUGAGGAAAAUUACUGCUGAUGGUGACGAAAAGUGUUCUCAGCUGAGGAGGGAACCUUGGUGUUGGUUUGGUGGUCUAAACAUCCAAGGGGGGGCAGGUUCGAGAAGAGACCUGCUUGAGAAGAGUCAAAAGUCGUUGGCUGGUGCGUAAGGUCACCACCGCGAAAGGUUCCUUGUUAUUUUGUGCUGUACUGUGUGAUGCUAUUUUCGUAAGUCGCACGUAGAGAAGGUGAAACGAGGCAGAGUUCUUUGUUUGGAUUAAGUUUUGUUUGAAUAGCCGGAAGUGUUUGGUGUGUGUUCUGCAUUCUUCGGUGUGUGCGGAGAGGAAAACAAGUGAGAUCUCUUCUCGGGCUUUGAAGAGGUGCCGACCUAAGCGUCAUUCUUCAUCACCAACACAAAAAGCUAAGAAGAGGCCGAAAUGGAUCGGUCCAAGGAUACAGAACCGGACGAGAAUGGCGAGCUUGACCCGAGGAUUCAGAUCGAGCUGGAAAAUCUCAACACGGCCACCGAUGAUAUCAACAAGCUGGAAAUGGAACUGGAGGAGGCCAAAUCCACCUUCCGGAUCCUGAUGAACGAGUCCACCCGGCGGCUCAAACUGUCCUCCAAGAAGCUGGGCAGCUGCAUCGACAAGGCGCGACCGUACUACGAGGCGCUCGAGAAGGCCAAAGCGGCCCAGACGGAGUGUCAGGCGGCGGCCAUCAAGUUCCAGCGCUCGAGCGAGAUCCACGCGGCGGCCAAGGAAACGGUCGCCCUGGCCGAGCAGCGCUUCAUGAGUAACAGCCACGAGUGGCAGUUCGAUAACGCGUGGCAGGAAAUGUUGAAUCAUGCCACGAUUAAGGUGAUGGACGCCGAGAAGCAGAAGGCCGAAAGUGGAGCAGAGCACCAAAAGAAGGCAAACAUUUUCAAGGAAGCAGAACUGAAAGUAUCCCAACUGGAGGAACGCAACCGCCGCAGCAUCCACAAAUCCAAGCCAUACUUCGAGGAGAAGCAACUGUGCCAGGAGCAGCUUGAAGCCCAAAAGGGUCGAAUCCAGCAGCUGGAAGACCAGAUCGCCUCCGCCAAGACCGCCUACGGAACCGCCCUCCGAAACCUGGAACAAAUAAGCGAGGAAAUCCACAAACAACGGGGCGACUUGAGUAUGGCCGCUCCGUCGGGACCUCGGGAACCCGGCGUGGGUGCCGAACUGGCCAACCUUCCCCCGAUGGCAACAGCAGCGGCUGCGUCGUCCUCCUCGACGUCGUCAAAGCUGGCCUCGCCCGUCUACAGCAGCAAUAUGCCGGACAUAUCGAGCGAGCUGGACAAGUGCGAGAUCCACUCGGUGGGAAGUACGUCGCUGGCCACCAGUUCCGCCGUCAGCGAAAAGGACCCCACGGAGGACGACGACUACAUGCACGACACCGACCUGAACCUGGAGCUGCUCCGGCAGAAGGUGAAAACGUUGGCCGUGCGACCGGUCGAGGGUGGCGACGGCCAACAGCAGGAGCAGGAAAUCUGGGAGCACGAACUCGCCGCCACCGUCGACAAGCUGGACCACCUGAUGAUGCUGCGCGAGUGCUCACUCACCGGAACGCCCACCAGCGGCAGCUUGCCGGUCACGCCCAAGCACCACUCGCAGCUGUCGUCGCCCGUGAUGGCCGAAAAGCAAAAGAUUAAAAUGUUCAAAAAGUUGGACCCGCUGCCGCUGGCCAACGUCUCGAUGUACGCGCUUCCAACCUAUCUCAACAGCAGCAACGGCGGCGGUCAGCAAUCGCUUCAGCAGUACGCGCUGCAAACGCCCCAGAACGAUCUGGUCACGCCAUGUAACGAGCCGAUGAUGGCGCCCACGUCGGUCGCCGUCGGCGGAUUCAAGAGCAAACGGAAGAUGUCCAUGUAAAAUUAAGGUUCCUCCCCUCUGUUUAGUGCAUAAGCAAAUCGACUGACAAACACUUCACCUUUCCUACCCCCAAAUUCCUUCCCAAAUCCUCUCCUCCGUUAAAGUGGCAAGGCUUUCUUUGCGUUCGAUUUAUUUUCUACGUUUUACUAGGAAUAACGAAAUGAUCGCGGAAUUUGAGAAAACCGCGUGAAGGACUCUCCUUUCGGAGAUUUAGAUUUAAUUUAAUGCUGGCCAGAUAUUCGACAGAGAAAGCUUUGGUCGCUGACUGCUUCCCCUUUGUGCAUUUGUUUUGUGUGUUUACAUUUUACGGGUAUUUUGUUACUUGAUUGUUUGUUUUUCUGUUUGUUAGUAAUAAAGUGUUUCAAUCAUCAUUUGCUGGCUUCUUUAUUCGAUUUGUUGUAGAAAAUAACAAACUCUGAACAAAAACACAGAAAUACUAAAUGUUACCUAGAAAGCAACAAACAAAACACACUUUGUUAAGUACAAACUCGAAAUGUAUACUCUAUUGACAUGUUUAAAAUUGAUGAAAACUAAAAAGAAGCUAAAUUUUAGUGUCACUAGCAAACCACGCAAGAAGCGAGCAAAGCAAAUCUGGUUUAAAACAAUAGUGAAAGUACCCAACACAAUACAUCAAGGAAAUGCUGUUUUUACGCUAAAAGCAUCGCAAAACACACACACACGUGCGGUUACUAUCUAUUAUUGAUCAAAGCUUUAUUACAUCUUAAAAAUUGAGUGGGCAUGUGUGUGUGUAGGAAAACAGUUGUAAAAGCUCGAAUGUUGCCGUUUAAUGGCAACUUAGAAAAAGAAAGUAAAAUUAUUCUGUUUGAAUUUGAUUGAGUUUAAACAAAACUUUGGAGAGCGAAGCGAACAGAGUACAGAAUAGAUGUUUUAUUGUAUAUAAAAGUAAGAAAGUAACAAGUGAGACGAUUUAAGAUGGUUUAAAUUUAAAACAAACUUUAAUAGCAUUAGACGGUAGUGAAGCGAGAUAUUCAGCAAAAACAAAAUAAAUAUAAAGAUUAAAAUAUAUAUAAAUAGUUUAGAAACUAACUAACACACGUGUAUUGCUCGAUCUGCAACGUAACAGUAACAAAAUAAAACUACUAUUCAAACAACAAUAAACGUGUAGAAGGUCGGCUAUCGAAUGUAAGGUUGAUGAGAAAUACAAAUUUAAUAGAAUAAUAAUAA